CUGUGACGUGUUGUGAAAGUGAAAAGUAUUGACUUUCAUAUACAGGAAUUCUGAAGAUAUAACGAAAGCUUGGACGGUAUUUGCAGUGGAUUAUCAAAUAAAAUCAUUUUUCAGACAGUAUAUAGUGUACCAUAGGAAGUAAAUAUCUUCUUAUGACGAUCACAUGAAUAGUUAAGUUUAAGUAAAAACAAGUACUGUACCACUAUUAGCAUAGGAUGUAUUGCAGUGUCUGAGAGGUACAAUUUGAGCUUUAAGCUUUGACAUGCAUGUGCUUGCAGACUAUGUUUUUCAAAACUUACUCUACUUGUAUUUAUAUUGUACAUUAUAUCAUUUGCUUGUUGGUGCUGUGAGAUUUAACUAUGUCAGUGAGGAAUCAACCGGUUAUCUGUGUGAGGGAGGGCAGUCCUCCUAUCACCUACAAUGCAAUGUUGUAAAUCUUAGAGAUGGAGAGACAGUGUACUGGUAUCGCACGACUAAAUACGAGGAAACGACAGCUAUUUACGGAGAUCAGAGACUCCUGACAGAUGGAUUACUGCAAGAGGAACAAUCAGCGUACACUAUAGGCAAAUAUCCAAAUGAAAUUGAAAUAUCUGCGAAUACAAACAGCGGCCGAUUCCUCCAUUUGAACAUGUACACAUGUAGAGUACUAAAUGCAAGCGGAGAGAUUCUUCUAAGCUCUUCUGGAUUGUACUUGAAAGUUUUAUUCCCGCCAGCAACGCCGGAGUGCUUGCAAAAGCCCUUAUCGCCCUCCAUAGGCUCUGAAAUUUUUUUAACGUGUCGGAGUAAUCCCGGUAACCCUCCUAUUAGCUUGCAAUGGACAGGAAGCAGUACUUUAGCGAGCCUCACUGGAAGGGAUACUACAAGUACCAUGCUACUGAAUUACAGCUUUAUAUUACAAGAGGAAGACUAUAAAGUAAAUUUCAAUUGUACUGCAACAUGGAAGAAUUGUGAUAAGGGUUUGGACAUGAAAACUUGCACCAUCAAAAUUCAUGACAAUGAAAGCUAUGUUGUGUUAAUUGCUUGCUUAAGUGCCGGUCUAUUCAUUAUUAUUAUUAUUAUUUUAGUUGUGAUUAUUUUCCUGUGGAAGAAAUAUUUAUUAACAACAGGUUUCAGCCCUACAUCUGCUGAGCCAUUCACGUCAGUAAACACGGUGAGUGCGACGAUAGAGACUAAAAAAAAUCCCAAAAGUCAGCCAAUCACAGGGAGGGAUAUUCUGCCUAGUGACAUGGACUAUAUGAGCAUCGGAUAUCGUCAAGAUUCUGAAUAUUGUACACUUCAGAAUAUUAAAAAUGAAUGUGACUCUAAUAACACAGUGAAGGCAGAACAACCAACCAAUACACAGCAGCCCCAGGCAAACAUCGACAAAACAUAAAAUGUACAGCUGUAUGUAUGUAGUAGGAUUCAC